UAAAAAGUAAUUGAUUUGUUAAUAUUGAUUGGAAAGUGUCCAUUGGUUGUGACAGUUUGGUGACGAUGGUCAAGUCGAGCUUGAAAAUGACCGCAACAACGGAAAACAAUGAAAUGGAACAAUUGAAAACGGAUGUGAAAGAACCAAAUCGAUCCGAGUUAACUGGUAAUUUAGAUAUUAAUAUUUAUGCGACCAAAAAGACAAUCGCCCAAGGGAUGCUCGAUGUCGCCUUGUUAACGGCAAAUGCAUCACAAUUAAAGUAUAUUUUACAAUUAGGACACCAGCACGAGUUUUAUUUUCUAAUGGUAACACUGAUAAGUACGUCUUUGAUUCUUCAGAUCACAGUUGGAUCUUUGAUUCUCGCCAGAAGUAGAUAUGAUUUAAAUAAAGUAGAAGACCACGCGAGAGCGAAUGUCCUGAAUAAUUCGAUAGUUUGGCUUGUUUUCGGAAUCACGGUGAUCAAUGUGUUCAUAGCGGCUUUUGGAAUCGAUCCUGGUUUCGACUCAAGGAAAGUCAUUCGCUUACAAGCAUCAACAUCAUCGGCGAUCACCAAUCAAACUGAUAAAUCCAAUCCUGAGCUUAUUGAGCAUUAG